AAUCACAGGAGGAAAAUGCAUUCCUUUAUACCAUGUCCAUCUUCAAAACGUACGUAUAAAAGACUAGAACAGGUAAAUGCAUCCCUUCCUACCAUCUACGUCAUCACUACGUAUAAAAGACUAGAACAGAUGGCCGAGUUGACGCGCCUGGCGCAGACGCUGAUGCACGUCCCGAAUAUCCACUGGAUCGUCGGCGACGACUCGAAGAAGGCCAACGUACACGUCACCAAUUACCUGCGGCAGACGGGCAUCCCUUUCACUUACCUCCUCACCCCCAUGCCCCAGAAAUACAAAAAAAGAAGGGAAAAGCCUUACCCAAGGGUGGGUGUGGCCAACAGGAACGCAGGACUGCUGUGGGUGAGGAAACACGCCAAGGAAGGAGUCGUUUAUUCGCUGAUGACGGACAAUACGUACGAUUUCAGACUCUUCGAGGAGAUCCGUCGCACGAGGAGAGUCUCGGCGUUUCCCGUUGGGCUGGUGACGGCGUUGGGCCUGUCGACGCCUGUCCUGAAGAACGGAGCCUUUUAUGCGUGGUAUGACGGGUGGUCCGGCAACAGGAAGUUCAUGAUGGACAUGGCCGGCUUCGCUUUCAGCGUCCAGUAUCUUCUGCAGAAGCCUAAGGCUUCGAUGCCUUACAAAGCAGGUUACGAAGAGGAUGGGUUUCUGAGGAGCCUGGAAAUCGAGCCAAAAGAACUUGAGUUUCUCGCCGAUGGAUGUUCGAAAAUCUACGUCUGGCACACGAAAACAAGACCCAACAAGCCGUCAAAGAAAACUAUUUUAGACAGAAAAUACGACGGGACGAACCUUAGACAUCUACAAAAACAGAUGAUACUGGAAGAAAAGUAGGUGGCAUCACGGUCAAAUAUUACUGCAACGCUCUCCUAGCCAUAGGGCACUGUGACCUAUUGCAUUGUUUCAUAGUUCAAUUAGUUCAUCAUUAACUAGUUAUAAUAUGUUAAAUGAUAUUUUCCAUUACAGUACAAAAAGUAUAUUGUCACAUAGCCUGAUCAGGAGUAAGAUAUUACGUAAAUGCUUAAGAUAUUGAAUAAACUCAACAGCG